AUGAAAGAGGCUGUAAAAACAGUUGCCCACUAUCCAGUAUAUUAUUAUACUUGCUAUGACGAAAUGAAAAAACGUGGAUUCAACGUUGACGGUGAGCAGUGGGCUAGUGAUGUCAAGAAGGUUGUCCAAAGAUUGAAUUUAGAUCCAACACAGGGACUGAAUGUAAUGUCUGUUGGUUGUGGAAGUGGUACCGUGGAUAAGCCAAUCAUAGACAUCUUAUUGACUAUGUACUCAAGUAUCAGAUUCAUAGCUAUUGACCCUGUUGUAGAAGAACUGAAUAAGUUCAAACAACUGGUGAAAGAUAAUAAAGAUGAAUGGAAAAAUGUAGUUUUUGAUUUUCAUACUACCACAAUUGAAGAGUAUUUAGAAGUAAAUGGAACGCAAACGUUUGGUUUCAUUGUUAUGUCACAUUCUGCUUAUCACUUCAAAGAUGUUGAAACAACUGUAGUUGACUUGUAUAACCGUCUGGUGAAGGGAGGAAUGCUUUUUACCAAGAUGAUUGACGGCGGAUGGGAAAAGUUUUUACUGAAAGUUGGAGAGUAUUUCACUGAUCCAAUGUAUAACUUCAUUGGAACUCACUUUAUAGAGGAUGUCAUCAAACGCCGUAUUCCAAAUGCUAGAUAUGAGACUAAAAAGAGGGAAUAUACGGUGGACAUGGUUGAUUCUUUUGACGAAGAAUCCCAAGCUGGUGCAUACAUGAUUGACUCCACAACUGUCAUCUACAAGUUUCGAGAAACUUGCAAACCUGAAAUAAAAAAGAAAUUAUUAGAAUAUCUGGUUGAGUGUUGUCGGAAAGAAGGGGAUAAGAUAUUAUUCAGUGCCGAUGAAAGGGAUUUAGUCAUCUUCAAAGAUUGA